AGAUUCUCAGGCCGCUGUAGGCUGUACACUAAUAAACUGGACCCCGGCUGAGAAGCUCCUCACACACCGCCGAGCUGAGGACCGACAGACAGGAGGAAACACUCCACAUCCUCCCGGGAGAACAGGGGGAGCUGCCGCUGAGAGACACCCGUGAAGCGGACCUUAAACCAAAAGUUUCCUCAGGGCAUGGUGGUUCCAUACGAGGGCCAGUCCUUCUCUGCACUGAGGAGGCAGUGCCGGCAGAAUGGAAGACUGUUUGAAGACCCUCUGUUCCCCACCUCUGACCAGUCUCUGUUCUACCAGAACAACCGCAUCGGCACAGUCACCUGGAAAAGACCCAAGGAGUUAUGCAGCGACCCCCGCCUGUUUGUGGACGGCAUCAGUGCUCACGACCUGCACCAGGGGCAGCUGGGAAACUGCUGGUUCGUGGCCGCCUGCUCCAGCCUGGCCUCCAGAGAGGCUCUGUGGCAGAAGGUGAUCCCUGACUGGAAGGACCAGGAGUGGGAGGAGGAGAAACCGGAGUCCUACGCCGGGAUCUUCCACUUCCGGUUCUGGCGGUUCGGUGAGUGGGUGGACGUGGUGAUCGACGACCGGCUGCCCACGGUGAGCGGAGAACUGGUGUACUGUCACUCCAACGACAGCAGGGAAUUCUGGAGCGCGCUGGUGGAGAAGGCCUACGCCAAGAUGUGUGGGUGCUACGAGGCGCUUGAUGGGGGCAACACAGCUGACGCUCUGGUGGAUUUUACCGGCGGGGUGUCUGAGCCGAUGGACUUGACAGAGAAUGGGUUUAAAGAAGAUGAAGAGAAGCGCAGCGAGCUGUUUGAGAGAGUCCUGAAGGUCCAUGACAGAGGAGGCCUCAUCAGCUGCUCCAUCAAGGCAACUACUGCAGCGGACAUGGAGGCCAAGCUGUCCUGCGGCCUGGUGAAGGGCCACGCCUACGCUGUGACAGAUGUGCGCAGGGUGAGGCUGGGCCACGGCCUUAUGGCCUACUUCAGGUCAGACAAACUCACCAUGAUCCGCAUGAGAAACCCCUGGGGAGAGAAAGAGUGGAAUGGACCCUGGAGCGACAGCUCUGAAGAGUGGAAGAAGGUGAGUAAUAGUGAGAGGGAGAAGAUCGGCGUCACUGUGCAGGAUGAUGGAGAGUUCUGGAUGACAUUUGAUGACUUUAUAGCUAACUUCACAGACCUGAUACUGUGUCGUCUCAUCAACACGUCCUACCUGAGUCUGCAUAAGACCUGGGAGGAGGCUGUGAUCCGGGGCUCCUGGCGCUGCCAUGACGACCCGCUCAUCAACCGAGCGGGGGGCUGCACCAACAACAAGCACUCCUUCCUCCAGAACCCACAGUAUGUGUUUGACGUGAAGAAGCCGGAGGACGAGGUGCUGAUCUGUCUGCAGCAGAAAGACCGCAGAGCCACGCUGAGAGAGGGCCGCGGAGAAAACAUGGCCAUCGGCUUCGAAUUACACAGGGUGGAGCUGAACAGGACCUACCGUAUGCAUGUGACCCAGCAGAAGGUUGGAGGCAGUGCCUUCAUUAACUCCAGGUCUGUGUUCAUACGCAUCGACCUGAAAGAGGGCCGCUACGUCAUCAUACCCACCACCUUCGACCCCGGGCUGGAGGGAGACUUCCUGCUGCGCACCUUCACCGACGUGCCGUCCGACUGCAGAGAGUUGACUCUACACGAGCCCCCCCAGACCUGCUGGUCCGGGCUGUGUGGGUACCCCUCUCUGGUCACGCAGGUCCACAUCCUGCAGGCCACUGGAAUCGCAGGACAAGACUCUGAUGGAGCGUCUGACCCUUACGUGAUCAUUCGGUGUGAAGGAGAGAAGGUUCGCUCUCCGGUCCAUAAAGACACACGCAGCCCAGACUUCGACACCAAGGGGCUGUUCUACAGGAAGAAAUCCAACCAGCCAAUCAGCAUCGAGAUCUACAACCACAACGUGUUGAUGGACUCCUUCCUGGGUCAGGUGACCCUGCCGGGUGAGCAGGGUCAUUUCCAGCAGACGCUCCACCUGAGGGGCAAGGGCGAUCGCCGUGACAACGACCUGCCGGGGACCCUCACUGUUGCCAUACUGAGCAGCUCUGUGCUCACCAACAUCUGACACACAGGAAGUCCAGUCAGCUAACGUUUACCAAAGAAUCGCUUUACCACACUAUAAGGGGAAAUAAUCGGCCUUAUUGGUUUACUUUUUUGAAGUUUCAUUUAUAAAAGAUUACACAUCCAGCUGUGGGUGUGUGAGAUCAUCAGAGGAGAACCUGAGCUGUGUUGGAACCUGAUGCCUUAAAAUGUCAAAAAUGAUUUACAGAACCUGGGUACUGGGUCUCUCUGAAAACAUGAGAUUGCAAACGAUUCCUAGCUAGCUCUUAAACCUGGUUUACAGUUUUUUUUCUAUUAACCACUACUUAGUGUCUUGUUUACUCUAAUGUUUGAUGUCUUAUUCUGUUUCAUCUUUAAUUUUAAAUAUUAAAAGCCUAUUUACAUGUCUUUUUA